AGAAGCCGCAGCGCCGCCUCUUCUCUCGCGUCUCCGCGUCCGUCGCCGCCGCCUCUUCCUCCGCCUCCUCCUUCACCUCUUCCUGCCUCCUCCCGGCUUCCGCCGCCGCCGCCGCCGCCGCCGCUCCAGCCGCAUCCCAACCCCUGAGCGAAGCGUCUCCCUAUUUAUUUCCGUUUUCUCGCUACUGCAGCCUCUUGACACGGUGAUCCGGGCGGGCCCCGCAGGAAUUCUGUCCCCUCACCGGCCUCACACUAGUAUCGCAUGUCCACUAUCCAGAAUCUCCAAUCUUUCGACCCCUUUGCUGAUGCAACUAAGGGUGACGACUUACUCCCGGCAGGGACUGAGGAUUACAUUCAUAUAAGAAUCCAGCAACGGAACGGCAGGAAGACACUGACUACAGUUCAGGGCAUUGCAGAUGAUUAUGACAAAAAGAAACUUGUGAAAGCUUUCAAAAAGAAAUUUGCCUGUAAUGGUACUGUAAUUGAACAUCCUGAAUACGGAGAGGUUAUUCAGCUUCAAGGUGACCAAAGAAAAAACAUUUGCCAGUUUCUACUGGAGGUUGGCAUUGUCAAGGAGGAACAGCUUAAGGUUCAUGGAUUCUAAAAUGAACCUAAAUACGUGGAGAAUUUCUUGAAUAAUUUUGUUCUCUAAACCCAGUUUGGCUGCUUUGUGAAAUGAUUCUCUGCAGUAAAAGGACUUUUCAUUUAUUUAAUCAUUCAAACUUCCAUUCACAUGUGCAUGAUUACAGAAAACACGGGGUAUGUAGGCUAGUAACACAUAAGAAAAUUGCAGUAAGAUGGUAAUGAAACCCCGUAUUCAUCUUAACAUGUUUCCAAUGGAAAAUAUUUUGUUUUGAGUGUUUAUUGUUCAGUUUAUUACUUUUCACUUGAUUAAAUUUUUGUUGUAUUAAACCAUGUAUGUUGCAGCUUAACAAUAAAAAAAAAAAAAUCUAUGAAUCGUUUUGUGAGCAGUUAGGCUCCCAAAUCUAAGCAGGUAAUAUACACAUAUAGUUUGUGUUUCAUAAUUUGAGUUCUCAUUCUGUGCAUUGUUUUCAGUUAAUUUCAGAUGCUGUUAAAGCUAGAGGAGAACCUUUAUUAUAUGUAAUUUAGUUCUUUACUUACUGAAAAAUGAGUAGAAACAGUAUAAACUCAGCCAGAGCCAAGAAUUUGCCAGAAUGUACUAUUAAAUUUUUGAAAAGAAAAUGAAACAGUUUAAACUUAAGUUAGCACAUAGAAUUAUUUUAUUUUUAUUGGUUAUGUUACUGGGAUGCCAACACAAGUCUAUCCCUAAGUGCCAGACAAUAAAGUAGGUUCCUGACAUAAAAUAAAUUUAGUCACAGGCACUGCCCUGCAAGUGUGAGUGGUGGGUGGUGCCACUGUUCUACAGAUGGAAGGCAUUAGGGUUUGGGUUAACCUCCCUAAAGUGCUGGGAAGUGACAGAGUUGAGGUGCCAGCCAAGGGCCUGCAACCAGAAAAGCUAUGUUCUUUCACUAAAUCAUGGUUUGGUAUUCACCAGAGGAAGUAAGAGCCACGAGUAAUAGUGCAUGGGGGUUGGGGGUAGUGUGAGAAAUAAAAGAGUUU